AUGUUGAAAGGUGAAAUUCCAGAGUCUAUAGCAAGUAUGAAGCAUCUUGACGUAUUGGACCUCUCAAACAAUGAAUUAACAGGGGAAAUUCCAGAGUCUUUAGUCCAUGUGAUGCAGCUUGAAGUAUUAAACAUGUCAAAUAACAAAUUAACAGGAAAAGUCCCAGAGUUUUUAAGAAAAAUGAAGGCUUUGGAUCUGUCAAAUAAUAAAAUGACAUACAGCAUUCCAAAGGGGAAAAGUCAUUCUACAUACCUGAUAAAAAUAUUGGGAGCAAUAGGUGCUGUUGCUGUUUUUAUAGCUUGUUGUCUACUUUUGGGAUUUCUGUGGACAAGGAAUCUGCAUAGAGAAGGGUUCAAUCAAACAGUUCGUAAAAUGCUUCAAAAGGUCAAAGCUUUAGUAUUUGAGUUUUUUUCUAAUGGAAGCUUAGAAAAACUUUUGUAUCAAGACAAUGCUCAUAGCUGUAAAUUGGGAUUGAAGGAAGUGCUGAACAUAGCUAUAGAUAUAGCCCAUGCUGUGAAAUAUAUUCAUUAUGAUUGCCAUGUGCAGAUAGUGCAUUGUGACAUAAAGCCAAGCAUUGUUCUUUUAGAUGAAAGCGUGACAGCCCAUCUAUCAGAUUUUGGGAUAUCCAGAUUCAUGGGUGGAAUCUCGGCCAAUUCAGUAAACUCAACAAUGGAUUUAAAAGGUUCAGUGGGCUACAUCGCACCAGAAUAUGGAUUGAAAUUUGAGUGGCAUGAUAUCAAUUCGAGGAGAUGUUUACAGCUAUGGCAUUUUAUUAUUGGAAAUGUUGACAAGGAGGAGGCCAACUGA